AUGGCAGAGCGUCCGCAAUACUUCAAGAACACGUUAAGCCCGCUCCCAAUCAAUGCGACCACGCUUUUGGAGAGCUUCCAAGAGCUUUGUACUGCUGUUUGCAGUGGUGCUGAGUUGAUACAGCAGAACACUCUAUUGCCUGAAACAUGGGGCCCCAAUGGCAUGUUUAAAGGUUUCCCCGGCAUUGCUCUUGCAUUCCUACGCCUAGAUUAUCAGUCAUCGGUUCUACGGGGGCUCAAAGCCGCUGCUCCUGACUAUCGUCGCUAUGCACUACAACGAAUCCCAUCAAGCCUUCCAGACACUCCUCUGCUAGCCUCUCGGUUGUCUCCAAUUGGCUCAUCUUCACCUGUGACUGCUGUCACUCUGCGCAUCUUGAGUACUUUUGCAAAGAAUAAUUGGCAAGAUGGCGCGCAUCUCAGCAUCACAAGGGAGGAUGCCACUUGCCUUCAUGAUGCCAUGCAGUGCGCAUUAAAGAACGAACCUCUUGUUAUUCAUGAUGGCCGAAAAAUGGGUGGAGAUGAAAUGCUGUUUGGUCGAGCAGGACUUCUUUGGGCUCUUUUGAACAUUCGUGCUCAUAGGUUUGAUCAAGAGACCCAGGAUAUCCUCUCACCUAUAUUGGGGGCAAUUCCAGAGUUGAUCCGGGUGAUUGUCGAUGCCGGGCAGCAGGGAUCCAAGGAAUACACCGAGAAUAAUGGAGCCCAAAACGCACAUCCAUUGAUGUAUGCAUGGAUGGAGGGCCAUUACUGCUUUGGGGCGGUCCAUGGAAUAACCGGUAUUCUAACCAUCCUGCUUUCAUGUAAGCCCGAGGAGCUUACGGACUAUCUUCCUGUAAUUGGUGAUAGCAUCACUGCGCUUUGCAAGCUAUCUGGAUCUACCAAUGGCCACCUCCCAAUGACGCUACCUCCAUAUAGCUUCGGGCAGCGCUCAGAACUAGUCCAACUGUGUCACGGGAGCCCAGGAUUAUUGAUUCUUCUAGGAGCUGCUUUGAAAAACAAAUAUUUAACCCGCGCCCACUGGGAUCCAACUUGGGACCAAGCCAUAUACUUGGGCACUGAGCGUGUGUGGGAAGAAGGGCUGCUUUCUAAGGGAGGCAGUCUGUGUCACGGCGUGGCUGGCAAUGCAUGGGCGUGGCUCCUCCUCCAUGAUUGCUUUGAAUACCACUCAGAAAUUCUGAAGGAUGCCCGGUCAGCUUAUCUCAAGCGCAAUCAACUAUCAGCACUUCCAAAUGCUAAGGUGAAUCAGGAACUCACCAGUGACUUCUUCCUCUCGAAGGCACUUGCAUUUAUGCUGCAUGCACGUGAGACUAAGCCAUACAACAGCUCGCCCACAUCUUCUGACAAAGAUUAUCGCAUGCCUGAUGAGCCUUACGGUUUGUUUGAAGGUGUUGCAGGCAAUGUUUGUGCGUGGGCUGAUACGUGCGCGGUAAUUCAAGCCAGGUUGCGCAAGAUGGAACUUGCUGAGCAGGACACUUGGGCUUUCCAGCCCUGGGUGGAAAUGGCGUAA